GGGAUAAGCGGUCACCAUUUCUCUCUAUUUGAACACUGCGUUCUCCUCUCUGUGGUUGAUUUUUCCAAGUCCAAGUGCAGAUAUCCAGUCAAUGCUACGACAACUGAAUCCGAAUAAUCCGGCUCACUGACCUUCAGGCAGACUGAUCCUAGCCAUGGCCAGAAGUUCGGCCAGCUCAGCAUCCGCCACAGUGACAAUGUCUUCCUCCAAAACCACACCUCCGUCCUCGCCUGAUCGGAGCACCCAUGUUGAGGCAAAAGCAGAAUCGCAGGAACCCAUGGUCAAAGAGGAGAACCGUAAUGUCGUCAAUAAGGAGGAUGAAGGGGAGAUGGAUAUGAAAUCUCGAGCAUUAACAAAUUUGCUUAAGACGAGCUCGGUUUUCGUGGCCAUUAUGGCAGACAAGAUGAAGGAGCAACAGAAGCGCAAUCAAGAACAGGCGAGACGAGCCGCGACUAAACAGGAGCACCAAGCAGUUAAGGAAGCGGAGCGCAAAGGUCCAACAAGAAAGUCGGACAGGGCGCAUGUGCAGAACGGUGGUGAUGCAAAAGACCAGGCUGACAGUCAGAGUAAAAAGAGCAACAACGGUCGAGGUCGCCCUGCGAAGCCAAAUGUGGCAAAGAAUAAUAUCACACAGUAUUUUGAUUCCAAGACUGCCAAAGCUGCCGAGGAGGGACCAUCCGUUCAGCAAGCUCUGGCAGAAGCCGCCGAGGAGUAUAAAGGAGAGGGUUUGGGCACACAAGAGCUUGUUGCGACCGAACAACCAAGUCUUGUGACCGGAGGCCAAAUGAAGAGAUAUCAACUUGAAGGUCUUGAAUGGCUCAAAACGCUUUGGAUGAACGGGCUCUCUGGUAUCCUGGCAGACGAAAUGGGUCUGGGAAAGACCCUUCAGUCAAUCUCUCUGAUUGCAUUUUUCAAAGAACACAAUAUCGCUGGUCCGUUUCUCAUCGUGGCCCCCUUGAGCACCGUUCGCAAUUGGGUCGAAGAAUUCAAACACUGGACACCUUCCAUUAACACGAUUCUCUACCACGGCAGUAAAGACGACCGCGACACAAUGCGCCGCAAGCGCAUGAAGCUUCAGGAUCAAGGCAAAGCCGACUUUCCCGUUGUCGUAACCAGCUACGAAAUAUGCAUGAAUGACAAAAAGUUCCUCACCAACUAUCAGUGGCGCUACAUCAUCGUGGAUGAGGGCCACCGCCUGAAGAACAUGAACUGUCGGUUGAUCAAAGACCUGAUGACCUAUAACAGCGCCAAUCGCCUGCUCAUCACCGGUACACCAUUACAGAACAACAUCGCUGAACUCUGGUCCCUAUUGCACUUUUUGCUUCCCGAAGUCUUUAAUGACCUUGACAGCUUCGAACGCUGGUUCGACUUCUCGAGCGUUCUGGAAGACAGGGACGACCCGAGUGGGAAAGCUUUGAAACGCAAAAACAACCUGGUUUCCACGAUGCAUGCCAUUCUCAAACCGUUCCUCCUCAGACGUGUCAAGACCGAUGUAGAGUCGUCCCUUCCCAAGAAGAGAGAAUACAUUUUGUACGCGCCACUUUCGGCUGAGCAGAAAGAAUUAUACAGAGAAAUCCUUGCUGGUACGAGUAGGAACUACCUCGAAGACAAAGCGGUCGAACGACUUGAAGCACGUAGUCGAGCGGCAAGCCUGAAGCGCAAGGCCAACGGGAGUGGGCGAUCUACACCAGCGAAAAGUCUAAAGACUAGUCGUGCAUCAACUCCUGCUUCGGUGGUAUCGGUUGGCUCAACACGACGGGGCAGGAAAGCUGCGCGGACGUCUUAUCGAGACGUCACUGACAGGGAGUUCAACUCUCGCUUGCGUCGUCUUGAGCGUGGAGAAGAAGAUAUCAGUCUGGAUGCAGUCACGCCUCCGCCAGAUACACCUGGCUUUUCAUCAGAAGAGGCUGAAGAACUCCAGCGUGUGCAGACACUUAAGUUGGCCAAGAAAGAGAUUGCCAGCAAGAAGCUCCAGAACCCGGUCAUGCAGGCUCGGCUUGCAUGCAAUUCUCCUCACAACUUCUACUGGCCCUGGAAACCUGCAACGGUGGAUGAAGAGGCAUCCGGAGACUUCCCCGCCGUCGACGAGACACUGGUCACAGCUAGUGGAAAGAUCCUCCUGCUUGACACACUGCUCCCGCGGCUAUUCAAGCUGGGACACAAGGUCUUGAUAUUCAGCCAGUUCAAAACGACGUUGGACAUCCUGGAGACGUACGCCAGCGAACUGAGGGAAUGGAAAUGUUGCCGCAUCGACGGAAGUGUGAGCCAAGAGGACCGUUACGAACAAAUUACAAGUUUCAACACGGACAAGUCUUUCAACUUGUUCCUGUUAAGCACUAGGGCGGGUGGGCAGGGCAUCAAUUUGACCGCGGCGGAUACGGUGAUAUUAUUCGAUAGCGACUGGAAUCCGCAACAGGACUUGCAGGCCAUGGACAGGGCUCAUCGCAUCGGCCAGACGAAACCGGUCAUUGUGUACAGGCUCGCCACAAGAGGCACGGUGGAGGAGACCUUGUUGUUCAAGGCCGACGCCAAGAGAAAACUGGAAAAGCUCAUCAUCCAAAAGGGCAAGUUCAAGAGUUUGUUGGCCGCCGAAGGAGAUGUGGUGGAUGAUGUGCGAGGCGUGCUGGAAGGUGAUGAUUUUGAAAAGUAUGACAUCCAGAGUAAAGAGGGAGGCAGCGGGAAGAUUUUGGGUGAAGACGAACUCAAAAUUCUCACCGAUCGCAGUGACGAGGCUUAUGAACGCGCAGAAAAGGGAUUGGAUAUCGGCGGUGAAGGUCUGGCGUUCAAGGUGGCAGACACAAAAGGUGGGAGUGAUGUACUUGAUGAUUUGACGGUGCGAAGUAAGAGUUGAGCUUGGAUAUCUAGAUGUUGACUUGUGUGUUUUAUCUGGUCUGAAUGGAGGGCUGGUAUUGUGUGGGUGUAUGGAUGGCUCUUGGGCAUGACAGGCCUGUUGGAAAGCUUGAGAUGGCCCAUAGAUACACCUACUUCUG